UUAAAUGAAGCACAGGAUUAUCCUCAGGAGAACAAUUAUACCUGGGACUGGCUUUCUUGCUGAAUCUGCUCAAAAGGCAGAAUUACAUGUAUAAAUGUUUCAGUCCGAGAUUGAUUGGCAUAUUUUGAUGUGAAGCACUUGAUUAAUCUUUUAUUGAAACACAACAUGGCUCUACCUGAUACCAGUCUCUCGUGUCAGGUUAGUAAGUAUAAUUAUAUUUUUAGUACUUUAAUCAGGCUUUAAGAGUUAGGUUAUGUUCUGCCCUUCAUCACAGCUAGUUCAUCAAGGCCUGUAAUGGAUUACAGAGACCCGAAUAACAAUUUGGAGAGGACUCAUUCAUGGUAAAUACACCUAUAAAUCUGGUGAUUACCAAGAAAACAGGUUUAUAUUAGUGGAAAUGGCUGUACUUGUUGAACCAGUUACCUGCCACAAGAUCCAGUCUUUUCUGGCCACAGAAGUUCUUUUAAUUACAUGAGAUUGAUUUUUUCAAGCAAAUAACAAUAACAAUAGUAUUUAUUGUAGGGGAGGAAGUAAACAAUGCACAAAUCACAAUGUAUAAAGAAACCAAGUGAUUCAUCAUUUGCACAAGGAACCAGGAUGUUGUGGAUAUAUAUAAUUGCCUGUUAAUGCAGUUGUUUCUAUCACUGGUCACAAGAGGCAGUGAAAUGAAGCAGCGGCAGAAAAAAUACUUCAGCAAAAAUGUAUAAAUUUUAGUUAAAGACAACAAAUUUUUAUAUCUCUCACAUACUGGUUAAGAGAAAGUUUUUAAAGUGCAUUAUCAUAGUUGGAACACAUAUUAAAAGGUCUUCCAACUAAUAUGUAUGUGGUUAUGUGUGCCCUGAGGUGAGAUCGAUUCAGCUUGAGGAAGACGUUAGUUAUAAGGUCAUACUGACUGCUACCUCAGUACUGAGGUCAGGUUAAUGCAUUCUGCCUGCCCAGAGUAGGCCUGCUGUGGCUUUCAGUUAACAGGGUGCAUUUACACAGAUCUUAUAAUCAAAAGAAGUUGUCUUACAAGUUAUUAAAAAGUCCUAGCAAUCAUUUGAUGAGUUGACUCCAGUUUGCUUGAAGAGGUGGAACGGUUUUGUUCACUAUGGCUGUCCAUCUGAAGAUCCCAGUGAGGAUUCGGCUGAAAUGUUCCAGUAGACUCUCGGAAAUGAAAUUUGCUGUGAAUAUCCUUGUUAGUGCUAGGAACAUGGGAUUCACAGAAGAUUGCAUAUCCAUGGUGUUAUGUCCCAGUGUAUGGUAAUCCCAGCAAGUACAUGAAGAUGUGACAUGUCCAGUUGAUCACUUAAAACUAUGGAUGAAAAGUAGAGACAAAUCAGUACUUAACCAAAACUAGACAAUGUGUAUGAUAAAAAUUUUAUAACCUAGGCCACUGCAAGCUUUUCUUUUUCUGAGAAAAAAUGGAGGCUGCAGUUCAACAACAGCAGGAGAAAAAAGCUGAAAAAACCUCAGCAUCUCCAUCAGAACAGACUCUGUUGUCAUCUUCUCUACUUGAGAAGGAAGCUAAAAUGCAAUCUCUAAAGGAGUUGGAGACACAUGGUGAUGACCAGCCACAGCAGGUAACCAAAGGUCACUUGGUUGUGGUGGACACUAAGGCCACUGGUGAUGAAAAGAAAACAAGCAAGUCCAAUCUUGGACCGCAACAACGAAGCAAGCCUCUUAUUAGCCAGGAGAAAAAGAAAGAAGACUCUUUAACUUUGCCUCAACAUCAUGGAGAGCGCAGUACAAUAUCUGGACGUAGUAAAAGUUACGAGAUGCGCCCCCCUGUGAGUGAGGUGGACUAUUUGCUUAAACAAACAGUCCGUAGUCAGUCAUCAGAUAGUCCAUUGAGUGGACGAGGCCAGCUGGUCAGGGGCAGUGCAUAUGGCCCCAGCUUCGGCUCAAAGGUGACUUUAACAAGAGAGCUACAUGUCUCAGACAGAGGAGAUCAGCAUGAUAAUCUCAUGUCCAAAGCUGUGUCAAGUACACCAGGUGGUCACAGCGGUGUAAGUUCAGCGGUCAGGGAGGCCAGCACAGCUGCAAACAGUCAAACUAACAAGGCUGGACAUGUGGAGGAGGCGGUCACCACAUUGAAGGCUGCUGCUGACAUGUGGCAAGGUGACACCGCGGACACACAGCAGAUGGUUCACCGCAUAGGUGACACACAUGAAAAAGAGAAGACUAAUGUCAAAAAAUUAAAUGAACAAAGGAGUCAACUUAGUGCUGAGAAAAGUGAAAAACAGACGGAAAGAAUGUGUGAAGUUGAAAAAAGUAGUUCUUUAACAGCUGCCAGUGACAGUUGCACAACAAGCACUAAUUAUCGCAGUGAGGUAGGGGAGGAAAAAGCACUUGCGCAGAAGUUCUUAACACCAGUUAAGCUAGGCUUAAAAAGUGCUUCAUUUGCAGAGUAUGAGGAGUCAAUACGGCAGCAGGAGUCGAAAGCACAUUCUCUUUCUCCAUACUCUGGAUAUCAGCAUGUAGCACGGCCAAUUUUCAGAUCAGCUGACAAUCAGGAUCUCUUGCACCCAGCCACUGGGAAAGGCACUUAUAUUCCAGUCAAGUCUCACUCUUUUCAUGGAGAAAAUGAAGAACAUUUUCUGAAACCACAAGAACGCCCAUAUCCAGCCCCUUCUAGGUAUUUUGAACAGGCUCUAAAGAAAUAUUAUUCGGAUAAAACUGUGUCUGGUUCUUAUAGUCCAGGACAGUAUUCUCAGCGUUAUGUGACCCAUAUCAAAGAUCUCCAACCUCCGAGAGGAGAAAGAGCAAAUGUAACAGACUCGCAGGGACCUCUUCAUAAGAGUACUAGUUUAAACUUGUCUUCUCUGGCUUUAGACUCUGUAGAUCGUAGCUCGCCUGAAUUGGGAGACGCAGCCCCUGCCCAUGAACCAGAGCAUCCUCACAGUGACCCUGUAAAGACUGAUGAACAACUGGGCAGCACAGAAACAAAACCUUCUGAGCACACAGGAAUUGACACAGAAUCCAAGAGAGAAGCAUUUAAAGAAAACUGGAAAAAACAGCAAAACUUACUCAAUCGUAGUUUCAAAAAAUAUUUGCAAGCCAGGUAUUUACACAGUCAGGCAGACUCAACUGAAAAACCUAACUCUACUAAGAGCACAGACUCUGUUAAAUCAGAUUUAUCUUCUGUGAUUGAGCAAAAACUGUCUCGUGGAGAGAGUUCAGACAAAAUGGAUGUCUCUUCUCCACCACAACAACAUUUAAAAGAAACCAUGGACCCUUUUGAACAACAGGAACCCUUAGAUCUUUCUAGUCACAAGUCUUUGAGUGUGGAAAGUGAAGGUGACAAUGAUAGUUCGAAAGAGAGCCAGGAGUCCUCAGAUAGACCUGGGAGUGGGAGAGGACGACGGCGCUUGGUGCGUCAAGAUGAAGUAGAGGAGGAGGCAGCAGGGGAACUGGCAUCACAAUCACAACAUCAACAGCGUUUAAAUUACCCUCGCAGUAUGAGCAUUGAUGACAAGGACUCUCCACCUCCUGAAAGCACUGAGUCUGAGGAAAAAGGGAGUGAACCACGUCACCGCAGCAUGAGUAUAGAUGAAAAGAAGGACUCUCCGCCACACUCACCUCCCAGACAAAUGAGUGUUGAUGAAAAGCAUGAUGUAUUUCCUCGUAGCAUGAGCAUAGACUCUGAAGAUGGCGGCCUGCAGCUGCCACCAGCUCAAAUAAAAACUGAAUAUCCACUAGAACUGAACUCAUAUCAAAACAUUCUAGACUGGCAAAUGAGGGCUUUUUACUCUUCUUUUAUUAAUGCCCCUCAUACAGGACCCAAGCCAAGGAGAUAUUCGGAGCAUGGGACGAGUUAUACAGAUGCACCUAUUUGUGAUCGUAGACGUAUGAUUCAUGGUCGAUGUAUUGACCUUGAUGAUGCAGGACACCCUCAGUUACUGGAACCUUAUCCACCAGCCCCACCCAGUCCACCACCACAGAGCAACAGAGGGGAGUCCUCGGUUACUCGGAGGGAGGGAGCCAGUAAAAGAAUAUCUGCAGGGGUGCCCUCCAUAAAAAUUACCCCACCUGAAUUAAAUGAGCCAGGCCGCACCCCUGUGAUUACCCUUGACCCCCCUCCUUUCUCCCCCUUCAGCCCUGGUGUAAUGAGUCCCCAUUUUCCCCAGUCAGCACCCCCAGCUCUGCAGGACAGUAGCAUGUUCUUUUGUUUCCCACCUCCGUCUAACCUAGCUAAUUAUUGCCCACCCAGCCUAGCUGAGAUGGUAGAAAAACAGAGAGCAGAAAUGACUGAUAAAGAGAAGGAGAUUGGUUAUCUUUGCCCAUUGUGUGGCCAAGGUUUUUCUGGAUAUGACAACCUGGCCAAACACAUGGCCAAACAUUUACCAACAGAGACUGUGAGGUCGGUGAAAAUGGGCGUGGAGAGCAAGUUGCAUUAUUGUAAAGUUUGUAAUCGUGCAUUUUCACGAAGUGAUAUGUUGACACGUCACAUGCGCCUCCACACUGGAAUCAAGCCAUAUGAGUGCAAAGUGUGUGGCCAGGUAUUCAGUCGGAGUGACCACUUAAAUACACAUCAACGCACACAUACUGGAGAGAAACCGUACAAAUGCCCACAGUGCCCUUAUGCAGCUUGUCGCCGAGACAUGAUCACCCGCCACAUGCGCAUACAUCGCAAGCAUCCUAGAGGAGGCAAACUUUCGUCUUCUAACAGUAGUUCCCUUUCUCAGGGCUCCUUAUCUGUGGACUCUGCUCGAUCUCCAUCUCAAGGCAGCAGCACAGACUCUCCUGAGGCAGCAGGGCUAAGUCCAAGUCCAGAUAGGUCAGAGAGCAUCAGUAAGCCACGGAUGCCCUCAGGGUCCUCUUUAACCAGUCUGGAUAGUUUAGAUUCUGAUGGGAAGAGCCGUCACUUGUCAUUAACAAGCACAGAGAGCAUGGAGUAUCACAGUCCACAUGCAUUGCACCAAUGGUCCUCUGCCAGUGUGGAGAGCACUGAAUCUCAUGGUAACGUCCCUCUUUCCAGGGGAUGGUCUUCUGUUUCCUCAGAAGGGGUUGAACUUUUAACACCUCGAGAAAGACUACGCAAGUGGUCCUCAGCCAGCACAGAAAGUAUGGAGUCUUCUCCAUUCAGUCCAGUGCGGCCUACAGGUGGACACAAAUUUAGCCGUUGGUCAGUCACAAGCUCAGGAAGUAAAGACCUUGACGAUUCCUCAGACACACUGCAAACCUCUCUCACUAGUGCUGGAAGUGUUUCUUCAGAUCCUGAUGUGAAAAAGUUGUGGAAUUUAUCUGUGACUAGUCUAGACGAUCCUUUAACUUAAUGAAAGUUGGUGUUUAUAAACCAAUCUUAAUAUUUUUCAUUAGUCAGGUUUUUAAAAAGGUGAAAUUGGAGAAUGAUUUUAUUUCACAAAGCUGCAAGCAUUUCUCAUUGUUUUUUUUCGAAAGUGCUUUGUAGUAUAUCUGCAUUGUACAAAUGAGUUGGAGAAAAGAGUGGCAGAAGGUCUACAGUCUGGAACUGCCAGUACUGUCUUGUGCAGGGUGGAAGUUAAUUGUGUGGCAGGGCCACUGAUUUGUAGAAGUGACUAUUUUUUCCUUUGUAAAGUCACAUUCUUCAAACUUGUUGUAACUUGAUGACUUUUAUUACCAUAGUUGAUAGUAUUUUUACUGAUUUUCCUCAGUUAUAGAAGUUUAUAACUGUCUUCUUGUUCUUAUUGAGAUCUUAAUUUAUAUAUAUAUAUAUGAUGUAAACUUAUAUAUUUGGAAUAUAAAUAGAAUAUCGUUUUAACCUAUUCAUGGGAACCUUCUCUACAUAACAUCACAAUUUACUAGUGUUUAUGGUUUUUUCUUCUCCAAACAAUUUUGCCUGUAUAUUUUGUUACAUCUCUUCUGAGGGCUCUAGUCAUAUGUUGGUUCACUCCUGUAUUAUAUAUAUUUCUGUUGUAGUGCUAGAAGAAAAAUAUUGAGAUUAGUUAAUAAGUCAUAUGAUACCUUUAUGCUAAGGUUGCAUCAGUCAGAGCAGUGGUUAUAUUCUUUUGCCACUAGUGUUAUUUAACUCUAAGGCUGUGUUCAGAUUAAAAGUUAUCGGUCCAGCAGGAUCGAGCUAUCUUUGCGAGAGUCCUUGCUUAAGUGCAUUCAAUGUCAUCAACUUAAUUGUCUGGCACACCCCCUCCAGAAGCUACGAAAGAUAUUUACCCCCUAGCUUCUGAAGGGGGCAGACCAGACAAUUAAGCUCAUUACAAUGAGUGUACUUAAGCAAGAACCCUUGAAGAGAUAGAUCCAUCUUGCUAUACUGAUAACUUUUAAUCUGAGCACAGCCUACUAACUGCUUCUACCUUAAAGUAAAAGAACAAGUUUUAAUAACAAAAAAUAAACUCAAAUAGUGUGACUAAGUGUUCAGUAGAGGCUUAGGUCUUAUAACUUACCAUGUGUCAUCACCAUGUUAUAAGAGUCUCUUGUAGAACAAGUGAAAUGUGUUGAUAAUGGUUUUAAAGAUAAGUUGAUAGGUUGCCCAUUUCUUUCAGUUUUCAAACUUGUGCUCCAAAUUGAUUUCUGGAAUUUUUUUCUACAAACAUCGCAUGUUUAAAUAAGACCUACUAAUUGGAUUAGUGUCUGUUAGCAUUCAUUUACAAGUCUCUGAAUCUGUGAAGUUAAUAUUUUUAUGUGAAACAAUUUUGUUUUGAGCAAAAGCAUCAUGUUGAACAUGUGCUUCAUUGAUAUAUUACGCUUUUGUAUUAUAUCUUAUUGAGCAAUAUACUAGUAACUAACUUCUAGUAAAAUGAUUGAUCAAAAUUAAGCAAUGCACACUUAGGCCCAGAUUAAUGAAUUUGUACUGAAAUCUUGUAUUGUAAGUACUUUGAAUUUUUAUGUGAACAAAGGGAUCUACCGUCAUAAUUUUACAACCUGACAUCCAUCAGAUAGCUGUCUAUCCAGAGUCUUAGUGAUACUGUUCAAAUUAACUUCUUUCCACUCUCAAUGCCAUUAAACAGAGUCUAUUUAUGUCUGUUUGCAGAACAUUGAGGUGUGUAUGAAUAUAUUUACUACUUAGUUGACCUAAGUCGGUUACCUCAGAUUAUUGAUCUCCAUUAAGCUGAGCUUAUCAAUUAUGGAAUAUUGGUUAUUGAACUGCAGAGUACUGAAACUGUAACAGUUGAUGUAAAUUAUAGUGUUUUGUGUUCAUCCAAAUCCCUUAGACCGAGUAAUCAGUAACCUUAUGUACAGAAAUUGAGCAUGUAUUGAACGAUUAAGCCAGGUAAUAGUAAUUGUUAAUAUGAAUUACUUAAUAUGUAACAGAGUCUUGUCAGCCAAAUUAGAGCAUAAUAUUUAUGACAUUUACACAGAAAUCAUUUUACUACAGUUUAUAACUGGUUAGUUUAAAGGCAAUGGUUCAGAUUAGUAGCCUGUGUUAGAACAUAUCCAGUGUAAAGCUUUGCAAAAGAUUUGAAAAAUUCUCCCAUGAUUGGGGAGAUGGCACAGUCUUAAGAAGGGUGGGUGCACAUUCUCAGAAAUUUAUAUUCCACAUCUUUUUCAAACCACAACCAUGUUUUCCCCAAAUAUGUGAUUUUUAACAUAAUUUGCCCCUCCUUAAAGAUAUUGUUAGCCCUUGCCAAAAACUCCUUAUUUACUGCCUUAAAUUCAUUCUUUUGGAUAACAGGUAAAUCUUCAGUGUUCAUU